AUGCGCAGUCUGACGGCAGCAGCGACGACGCCUCCAGCAGCCAAUCAACACAGCGCAGCCAAUGUCUACCAGCACCAGCAGCACCAGCAGCACCAACAGCACCAACAGCAGCAGCAGCAGCCGCAGCCGCAUAUAUGGAGCACCAGUGCUGCCUAUCGACGUCAUCAGCAGCCUCUGUCUCAGCCGCAGCCACAGCAGCAACAACAGCAGCAGCAGCCGCUGCAUUCGCCGCGCAGUCACCAUCAGGCGCAUUAUCAGCCGACAGCGCUGCUGCCACCACCACCGCUGCAGUCGACGUCGUCAGCGGCAGCAUUGGCACAGCAGCAACAGCAACAGCGCGCGCAUUACUACGCUGAUCCGGCGGCAGCAGCAGCCGCGGCCGCUGCAGCUGCACAUCACUAUGCUAGCAGUGCGGGCAGCGGCGCUAGCGCUGGUCACGGCUAUUAUUGAAAACCAUGCAAGGAGAUCGGCAACAGAAAAAACACAACAAUAACAACCUAUAGAAAGCAAAAAUGCAGCAUAAGAAGGCAAGAAAAAAAGAAGAAAUGUAACUAGCUGACACAGUUAAGCAUCGCCUGUUUUGAAGAGAGCAUCGCUAAUUAAGAGAGAGCCUGCCGAUCCGAACAGUUCGUCCAGUUAUCCCUGUCUCUCUCUCUCUCCCUUCUAAGCAUACGGUGCGAGCGCACAAAUCGUAAAAGAGCUUUGAGUGAAAACUGCAAAGAGAGUUCGAGAAGCAACGCAACAGCAUGCACACACACACACACACACGCCAUAUAUAUGUAUGGAGUCGGUGCAUUUGGAGCAUAGAGCUGCCAUGCAAUUUCUCUUACUAAACCGAUCGAGCGACAGACCGCCCACCCGCUUUUCUAUUGCUCCCACUCAUUGAUUGAUUCGAAACACACACACAAACACACGCACACACACUUAAUGGACACACGCACGCACGCACGCACCAAAAAUAAAAUAAUUAUUUAAAUAUUGCAAACUGUAGUUAGGCAUGCAAAAUCUUCAAAUUAUCGUAGAGCACAUGCUUGUAUACGCAAUGUGUAUGUGUUAAGUAUGUGUAUGUAUAUAUAUAUAUAUAUAUCUAUAUCUACAUUUACAUAUAUGUGUAUAUAAAGAGAAUCAGCAACUGCUGCUGCACUUCCACUCUCACUUUCCAUCUUUCUCUUGAAACGAUGCGACGCUUCCUUGGGAUCGAUGUCAACUCGCGCUUUCGCUCUCACUCUCACUCACAUCCUUGCACAGACUCGUCUCUGUCUCACACUGUUCUCGUGUUUUGUUGUGUGCCACGCUCUAUCUCACUCUCUCUCCCUCUCUCUUACUCUUUGUUAUCGUAAUUCGAUUUGACCUUUCAGUUAUGUGCAUUCGUUGUAAUUUGUAGCCCAAACGUAAAUAAACCUCAGAACUUGAGUCGAAACCAUAAGGAAAUAAAAUGUAGUGACAUUUAUAUGAAAAUAUAAAUAAAAAUAUGUAUAUGUACAUUUAAAGAUGAAAAUUAUA